AUGGCUACUACCAUCACAUCGGACCUCGCGUCCUUUACCGAUCAGAACUUCAACGGUGUCGCUGGAGCUCACCGCAUGCUCAUGCGCAUCUCGGCCGAUGUCCACCGCAUCGAUGCCGGCCACAAUGCCCUGGGCACCGACGGCGCCGUCGCCUUCUUUGACGGCCUCUCUCACGCCCGCAGGCGAUUCUCGUCUGUGGGUCGCCGCGAGCCCAGCGUCACCAUCGUCACCCCUGGCCGCGUCAAGAAGGACAGCCAGCGUGGCAUGAUCGACACCGAGUCGGCUGCCCACCCGCCUCAGGAGGACGAGGAGGAGCAGUUCCGUGGUCGUUCGCGCGCCCCGGCUCGCCGGAGCAACGCGUCCAGCGCCGCGACGUCUGCUACCAGCUCGGCCGCCACCUCGCGUGUCCCCCGCAAGCACGAGGCGCGUCCCGCCGAGCUCUGGGGCAUGUCUGAGAUCAACCUCGCCCGCAACAACGUGGGCAACGACGGUCUCCUCGCAGCCACGUACUACGUCUCCAAGGAUGAGGCGAUGCGCGAGCUUCUCCUUCAGGACAACAGGAUCACUCUUGACGGCAUCGUCGACACCGUGGUCGAGCGCCUGAACGCAUCCCGCCUCACCGAGCUCUCGCUCUCCUCCAACCCUCUGGACCCCGACGCCGUCAUCCGCCUCUUUGAGACCCUCAACGCUCCCACCCUCCGCGAGCUGCACCUCUCGGCAUGCAACAUCCCCGCCGAGUGUGUUCCCGCUAUUUGCGACUUCAUCCGCAGCCCACGCAGCCAGAACCUGUGGCUCCUCCAGCUCAACGGCAACUCGCUCGGCCGCUGUGGUGUGACAUCUAUCCUGGACGCUCUGGAGGUCGGCAACUUUAGCAUCUCGCGCAUUGGUAUGUUUGCCAACAACACCGCACGCGAGGCCCGCGAGGCAUCUCCUUCGCCCGCUCGCUCUGCCGGCGGCGAGUCCGACUACGACUCUGUCUGGGAGAGUGACCAGACGCUCGCUAUCAACCCCACCGACCCCCGCAGCAUGAAGACCCAGAUUGAGCGCCGCGUCCCUGCGCUCCAGAAGCGCAACGCCGACCUCACUAUGCGCGUCCGCCGCGCAGCCGCUCGCGCCAUUUCCCCCACACGCAUCAUCCUGCACGCGCGCCAGCCCACAGCCAUGGAGACGGCUACCCGCGUCAUGGCCGAGACGUCUUUCGAGGCUACCGCUCCCCCGCAGGAGCACUUCCCGCUCAUGGACCUGCCCGCCGAGGUCCGCAUCCUCAUCGCCCGCCACUGCAGUGGCGACGCCGAGGCCCUCACGGACGCCCAGUGGACCCGCCUGCGCAUGCACGCCGGCGACAAGGACAACGUCGACAAGAUGGGCCAGCGCAUGGCAAAGGCAGAACAGAGCGUGCACCCGUCCGCUCCCCCCUCGGCGCGCAAGUACAAGGGCAUUGAGGUGCGCGAAGCGUGGCUGUCGGAAAUCGGCUGCUGGCGCUGGGAGAUGGAGAACAAGCGCUUCUGGAACAAGUUUGAGAAGCCCCAGGUGCUUGCUUAA